CCUUGAAUUCUGAUAUCUAAUGGUGGAAAAGCUCCUGUGGAUCUUAUUUACGCACCCCGAAGGAAUUGGACAAGCAUAAAGGACGAGAAUGGUGAUGGUGAAAGAAGAGUUGCGAAGAGGACCGUGGACGGAGCAGGAGGACCUGCAACUGGCUUGCUUUGUGGCCUUGCUCGGCGAACGACGUUGGGAUUUCAUAGCCCAAGCCUCAGGUCUGAAUAGAACAGGAAAGAGCUGCAGGAUGAGAUGGGUUAAUUACCUCCACCCCAGUCUCAAGCGCGGCCGCAUGACCACCCAAGAAGAGCACCUCGUUCUCGAGCUACAUUCUCGCUGGGGCAAUAGGUGGUCUCGGAUCGCACGGAAGCUCCCCGGCCGCACUGAUAACGAGAUCAAGAAUUACUGGAGGACUCAUAUGAGAAAAAGAGCACAGGAAGAGAAGAGAAACUGCUCACCUUCGGCGACGUCUUCCGCACCGCCUGCUGAUGAUCUCCCCACCCGAUCAGAGGUCGCUGCGGAGAGUCAACUUAAUGGAAACGGUGACGGUGGUAAUGCUGACUCCGUGGAUGAGGUGUGGGAUGAGAUUGCACUAAGCUCUGGGGAUCGCAGGGAUGAAGCCGGCGGUUAUGCAUGCACCCCUUUGACUUCCGCCACUCCUGUGUGGGAAUGCUGCUCUGGUUCGCUGUGGAAGACGGAAGACGAAGAGCUCCAUGGCGUGUCAUUUGGUUUCUGAGUACCAGAAGAACAACGGGGAGCCUUGUUCUCGAAGCCUGUUCAUGCAUGACGUUCGAAGAUAGUUGUGGAUCCAUUGAAGGAGGAUGGUAUGAACAAUGUAGGUUGGGGGCUCGAUGUCAUAAGUGGUGCGUGUAAAAGGAUGUGCCACGGGCUUGCUUCUUUUCUCUUAGGUACACCAAGUGAGGGUAUAUCUAUCGGGAGACACAACAGAUAUCCAUAAACGAAGUGUUCGAUCCUCUUGCUUCUGGAUGAUGGAUGGCAGUAAUA